AUGGAGACCUUGAUUACGGCAGCACUGUGGGCGAUUAUAUUGGUGCAAGUUAAUCCUGGGGAGACCCUCACUAUCAAGUCUAAUGAUGGAAACAUUCAGAAAAUCCAAGGGCCUGCUGAUGUACCUCUGAUGUCACCAAGUGGUACCUUGCCAACUAUAUAUGUUCCGCCUGGUUACAUGUCUCAGGUAGUGGAAGAAAAUGGGAUUCGCAAAAUUAUCGUUGUGCCUCAGACAAUUAACUGCCAUAUGCCCAUGCCUGCUCCAAUGCAAGCACCGCAGUUCGUACUACCUGUGCAUCCACAAGCACCUGAGCUGAUGUAUCCCUCCAAUCAAGGAGAAUUUCCACCACCAUAUCUCCAGCAGCCUGUGCCCCAGCAGCUGAUGCUGCCACCGCCUGCAUUGCCACCACCACCACCAGCAUUUAUGUACCAACAAAAUCAUGCGGCACCCUAUUCUCCGGGAAGAAGAAAUUAUAACCAAUUUGAUGAAAGGGAUACUAGAUCAGGAGAACAUAUGAGGAAAAAAGCAAGACAACACCAAGUUGGUGGACCCAAGAAUAACCAUAUGUUUAACAACACCUCUUUGCUUGUGAACAAAACUUAUGAUUUUUCUAAUAUUUUUGAAACUCCAAACACUUACAUUAUGAACUAUGCUCCAGACUCCUACAUUGCACAGAAUCCCUUGAGAGUUUACCAUGUAGACAAUGGUCCAAGAGCCUACAUCGGUGAGAAUACUCCUAGCACCUCCAUAAUGAACAAUGUUCCGUACACAUACACUGUUGAAAAUACUUCCUGCACCUAUGCUGUGAACAAUACGUUGAGCACUUAUACUGUGAGUAAUACUCCAAGCACUUACACCAUCGACCACCCUCCAUCCACUUAUGCCAUUGACAAAAUUCCCAACAAUUUUUCCACUGAUAACAUCUCUAACACGUCUGUCUCAGAUGGCACUCUGCACCUUGCCACCAGUGAUAGUGUUCCAGGUCCUUCUGGCACUAAUAAUGUUCCCAAGACUAGCACAAAUGACAAAAUUCCCACAACAUCACCUAUUGACAAUACUCCAAGCUCUUCUCCUGACAGAGCUUCAAACACCUCCAUCUCUGAAAAUAUUCUGUGCACUUCUGCUACUGACAAUGUGUCCAGUAUUUGCAAUGCUGCCAACGCUCAGCUUGAGACUAGUCAUGGAAAUAAAGGGAGUACUGUGGGGGUCGGAGACAUCAGGCAGAAACCAGGAGGAACACAAAACCAGAGCCCAUCCUCAGACGCAGAAGACAAAGAAUGCAAAAUGGAAGAUGGAAAGCCAUGCUGUCUCAAUGUUGAGAAACCUGUGAUCUCUGAUAUUCAAACAAGAUCUGCAGUUAUUUCGUGGAAUUUGCAUGGCUCUGAGAAAUGUCACCAUACCGAACUUCCUGUAACAUUUGAGUUGGCAAUUUCCAACAGUGGUAAAGACGGAAAGUAUGAAAACAUGUAUACUGGAAGUGAACUUACAUUUACCCUGCUUGAUCUACAACCAUCCAUGGACUAUUUCUUAAGAGUGACUACCAUCAGAGACCCAGAACACAGAACUGUGUCUGAAGUGGUUAGCUUCACAACCCCAGGUUGCGAGCCAGACCCUCCACUUCCACCCAAACUGGUCAACAGAUCCAAGAGCAGCCUGAACUUACAGUGGGAUGGUUCCAACGAUAAUGGUUCCAAAAUAGACAGCUUCCUUUUGGAAUGGGAUGAGGGUAAAGGUGAAGACUUCAAAAGUUGUUAUAUGGGUUCUAUGAAACAGCACAAGAUCCUUAAACUGAAGGCUUCUACAAAAUAUUCAUUCAGAUUAGCUGCCAAAAAUAACUUUGGCUUGAGUGAUUUCAGUGAAAUAGCUGUUUUCCAUACCUCAGGAAUGAUGCCUCCAGCACCUUUACCUCCCAAGCUAAAAGAAGCAGGAAUUUGUUAUUUGUCACUAGAAUGGUGUGCCCCAACUACCAGAAACCCCAAUUACAGUUUCACUUAUGUUCUAGAAAUGGAGGAAGCAGGAACCGGAUUAGGUUUUAAGCCUAAAUACAAUGGGGAAGAUCUCUCAUGUACUGUAAGAAAUCUUCAGAGAAGUACUACAUACAAGUUCAGGAUCUUUGCCUACAAUAUGGAAGGAAGAAGUAACCCCAGUGGAGAAGUAAAAUUUACUACCCGUCCAGAUAAGCCCGGAUCCCCUGAAAAGCCAUAUGUAAAGGGAAAGCUCCAUGCACACAAAGUCAAAAUUGGAUGGGAACCACCCAAAGAUAAUGGUGGAGCGUAUAUUUCAAGUUACAGUUUAGAAGUUAGUGAAAAUUCAGAUGUGAAUCUCUGGAACAUAAUCUACAAUGGCAGUACCAGGGAGUUUCUCUAUAAGAAUCUGCAACCUGGUACUAUAUAUAACCUGAGAGUCUUUUGCACUUCACGGAUAGGCCAAAGCCAGCCUUCAGAUAUAUUGUCUAUUCAAACACCUACUCUCUCUCCUGCCUAUUGCCAACUUCCACCCUUAAAUGAUAAGACAGAGUCCACAGCAAGCAAUCUCCAAUGUGAAAAUCUUCCUCCUAAUGUGAUGGACACACUUGUAUAUGUCAAUAAGGCAGAAGAUGACCAAGACGACACAUCAGGAAACCCAUGCUCUGAAGUGAGAUUCACAGCUCCAAAUACAGAUGGAGUUGGACUGUUUGGAUUAGCUGGCAUAGGAACCACACCAGCAACUGCACCAGCAGUGGUCCCAAUGUUACAUGAAGUUGAAAAGAAAGUUUCUACACAUUUGGCAUCAUCUUGCAUUGCCAUUGAGUGGGAAGAACCAGACUGCCAUGGUUCUCCAAUCACCGGAUAUAACAUUGACUACGGAGACAGAAAUAUUUUGACUAUCGGUAGAGUAACACAGUAUGUUCUGACAAAUUUACAGCCUGACACCACAUACAAAAUCAGAAUUCAAGCCAUCAAUCAAUAUGGAUUAAGCCCUUUUAGUCGAGCAAUAAGAGUCAGAACAAAGCCACUCCCACCUGAACCACCACAACUUGAUUGUGUAGUCUAUGGACACCAGAGCCUCAGACUCAAGUGGGGCUACCCUUCAGCCAAAGCUUUACUUUCCAACCUUAUAAACUACAACUUGUUCAUGUGUAAUCCAUCUGGCAGGUUCUCUGUCAUUUACCAUGGGCCUUCUCAGACUCACAAAGUGCAGAGAUUGGUUGAAUAUACUCAAUAUAAGUUUAAAAUCCAAGCAUGUAAUGAAGCUGGUGAGGGACCACUGUCCAGCAUCUAUAUUUUCAAGACAACCAAAACCCCACCUGGCACACUUAAAGCACCUAAAUUGUAUCUGCUGAACAGCAGUACUUGCAAGAUCAAAUGGGAAACUUUAAAGCCGAUCAAAGGAGAUCCUGUUAUUUACAGUCUUCAACUUACCAACGAAAAGGGAACUGAUUUGAUUUACAAAGGGCCGAACACGUCAUUCAGGUUUUCCAGCUUGGUCUCAAGUUCCAGUUACCGCUUCAAGGUUUGUGCUGGCCGCCAAUAUAAAACCUCUACUGGGAUACGAGAGAUCUGGGGACCGUACAGUCCCUGUGCACUUCUUCCUACUCCGAAGGCUCAUCCCAGGGCCGGCAAAGGUGGCAAAGGAAACAGAGGCAGUGGUCCUGGGCAAGAAAAUGGUCUCAAGGCCAAGAUAGAAAUAAGCGACAACACAUUUGUUUUAAUCCUGGUGACAGGAUUUGCACUUAUUGCCAUUCUGUGUGCUGUUAUGAUCCAGUGCCUGUUAAUAAGCAACUAGUCUAUAUUUCUACUUUUUCACUGUACUAAUUACAUCAAAUACAGACCUUGCUAAAUACCU